CACGUGGUUGUGCAUUGUGCGUUUUUAUUGUUAGUUGUUAGUUAUUUUUAUUUACUAAAUUAAAACAGCUCCCGAGGUUCUUUAUCACAUAGUUCUCAUUAAUUAUGGGAAGAACAUCACGCCAAAGAUUAAAAAAGCAAAGCACAAAAAUAGAUGCGCACUUCAACAACACAAUAGUUAAUCUUCAAAAAUGGAUGUCUACAAAAGGUUGGAAAAACAAAACAAAAUUAAGAAUAAAAGCGUUUCCACAGACAGGUAGGGGAAUAAGUUCUGGAACAAAAAUAGCCUCGGAUGGAGUAUUGAUUUCUAUUCCAUUGGAUGCAAUGAUUACUUAUGAUACACUGGCAUCUGAAAUACUAAUUAACGAAAAAUUAACAAUACAUGAAUACCUGGCGCUGUUUUUAGCUAUCGAAACAAAUAAGGGAAGUAAUUCAAAAUGGUUCCACUAUAUUAAAAGUUUACCAGAAGAUACUCCUUCACUGCCUUGGUUGGCGAUGUCUGACGAAAUUCAACUAUUUCCAGUGGAUUUUCAAACAGAUAUUGAUAAGAAUAUUACAAUGUUUAAUACUUUUUGCUGUAGAGUUGCUAAUGUAUGCAGUUGUAUCCUUGAAACAAGUUUGUUAAAAUGGGCCUUCAUUAUGGUUAAUACAAGAGCAGUUCAUGUUGAUCCCAAUGUAAUAUCUAACAACUGUUUAAAUACUUUGCUGGAUGAACCUUCUAUGGCUUUGUGUCCAUUUCUUGAUAUGUUUAAUCACCACUAUUUAGCAAAAACUGAAGCUAAUAUAAGAUCUGAUGUGAAUUGCCUAACAUAUGAACUGAGAACAUCUGCUGAACAUAAAAGACAUGACCAAAUAUUUAUUUCUUAUGGUUCCCAUGAUAAUUUUAAAUUACUUUCAGAAUAUGGAUUUUUUAUUCCCAAAAAUCAGUACGAUGUGGUGAGGUUCUCUUUAAGAGAAGUCAUCGAUAUAUUAAAGUUUCACCUAGAUGAAAGGAAGUACAAAUUUAUUAAAAAUCAUAAUCUUCAAGAAAAUCUCUACAUCGGACAUGAUGGGGUAUCAUUUAACCUUAAGGCAGUUCUUUUUGUUGGUUCUAUUUUUGACUAUAACAACCUAAAUUCAAUAGUUUUUAGCGAUAGUUAUCCAGAACAAUUUUUAAACAAAAGUGUGUCACUAUUUGUAGGAAAAUUAAUAGAUUUUACAUUUGAAAGGUUCAAUUAUGAUUUCAAUAGAUUGAAAGAUGCUGAAAUAUUUAGUGAUAGCGCCAAAAUGGUGAAGGAGUUUUUACAUUAUAGGCUCAGCUUUUUAGAUGAUUUAAGAAAAAUAUAUGUGGAAACAGAUUAUCAUUGAAACUGACAAAAUGUUCAGAUGACAAGUGGUUAAUAGACAAGUUUGAAAACCAAAAAGUGUAUUAAUAUUCAAUAGAGCAGCCAUAAAAAUAAAUGAGAAAAGGAGUUGAAAUUUUAUUAAAAGAAGGUUACAUUUUAAACAUAGUCUGACAUGCGAUAAACUUAGAUCCGUUCAAGAACAGAUGGUAUUACCUAAUCUAAAGGUAAAACACGCGGUUGUUACAAGAUGAAAUUCUUGUUUCUAUAUGCUCCAAAGACUUUUGGACAUAAGGAAUCCAUUGUGUGUUGUAGUGGCAAACUUGUUCUAAACCACCAGAAUUUCGUAAUACAGACGACUGAGAAGUUAUUAAUGACUGUACAACGGUGUUAAAACGAGCAGAUGAUAUAACAAGACUAUUAUCUGGUGAGAAUUACCCUAUAGUGUCGUUGUUAUGAAAUAUUUGUAAAUUCCUGGAACUGUUGUGCCUUUUGAACGAGUCUUUUCAAAAGCAGGAUAAUUAUCAAACCUGAGAAGAAGUAGACUUUCCCCUACAAAUUUGGAUCAAAUAUUUUUUGUAAUUCUUACUGUUGAUUUUUAAAUUUUUCGUAUCUAAAAAUAAAAAUAGAAAAAAAAAAUAAAAAAUAAAAAAGGUUUUUUU